UAUUUCAGGUGGUGGUUUAUUAGUGGAAUUGAAUCGUAUGAAAUAUUAUGUACGUUAAAAAUGAGCCGCAUGGACGAAGAGGCCAGUAGCUUGAAAGAGCAGUUCGCCGAAGUCAUCGAGAAGACGGUGAAAGUCACUUCCGAUGCCUUACUGAACACCUUUUCAGACUUCAUGGUGUACGAGUUAUCUAUUUAUGAGAAAAAGAAACGCAGGGACUCUCGGGGGGCGUUGAAAGAGGUUGGCCGCUUCGAGCCCUAUUUUGUCUCAAUUGUCGAAGAUAUGGUGAAGGCAGCGAUGGAGGUGGUCGUGUCGUACUGCAGUGACUUUGUGGAGCGGCGGAAUGCUGAGUUGCAGAUGGCCAUGGCUGAGAUCGGAAACCUGAAGAUGCAGAUCGCGACACGCGUUAGCGAACCGGAGCCGUCACAUAGGGACGUGCCCGACACACCCGCUGCCCCCGUGUCUUCCGAGUGGGAAGAAACUGUAGAGAGCCGAGACACUAAAUCGGGCUUAACGAUCGUGACCGUCGGCGAUGCAUUGUCGCCAAAAGUGGAUGAGUGCGACCAGCCGGUUUGCAAGCAGAGGAAGACCAGGAAAGUGCGCGCUGCACGAAGCCCCAAACGGGGAGUGUUCAUGUCUGGAAAGAUUACAGCAAUUCGGGAAUUCUUAAGAAACAGAAUCUAUCCUGAAGGAUACAGCAAAGCCCAGAGACAAAAUUUGAGACGUCUAGCAUCUGCAUUUUCUAUUGAAGAAGAUGGGCAGCUGUACCGGACAGUCCGAAAUCGAAAACAACAAGUCCUCAAUGAAGAGGAGGCUUUGGAAGUAUUUAAAAAGUAUCAUCAUUCUUCCACGGACCGUCACAAGGGAAUUGUUAAAACGAGAGACGCAAUUGCAGCAAGUUUUUAUUGGCCCCGUAUGACCAUUGAUAUUGAGGAAUGGGUGGAAAGGUGCACACAUUGUCAGAAACCUACGAAAUUAAACAGUUGUGACCAAGAGCUUCAAAGCAUUAAAGCUUUUUGAACACUUCCCACCACAGUUGUGAACUUCGCUGAGGCAGAUUGGUGCGGCACUCUGGUCCAGCGUAAUGUACAUGAAGAGUGGCUCUACGCAUGUCCCAUUCCUAAUGUGGAAAGCCCUCGGGAAUCUCUUUUCAAGAGAUGUUUCAUAUUUUUGGAUUAACAAGAGGAAUCUUUACCUGUGCUUUUUUUUAUUUAUGAAAGGUUUUAUUUUAUUAUGUAUUUUGAAAUGAGAAAAUGAGAGCAGUAAUGUUAAGGCUCAUAAUUUGUCAAUAGUGUUUUUUUAUAAUAGGCGAAACAGUGUCUAUAGGUAAGUGUUUGUCUCAUAUUUUUGAUAAGAAAACUCAUUC